GUGGAGAUGGCGCAGGCGACAACGCUGGGCUCGUCGCUCUGCUCCCACCCUCCUGCCAUCACACAUCGCAAGUACUGAGUUUUCUAGCUAUCUUCAGCAGCCCCAAAUGCAGCCACACACCGUCCUACACUUCUCUUCAGCAGGUUGGAUGCUGGAAGACAAGAGCUUCGAUCAAUGCAUAGAUGAGGCUAGCGCUCCACAGCUUCAGUACAUAUUGGUAGAACAGGACGCAUUUUCAACAGACGCGAAACCAGCGCCAGAGCUAAUGCAGUUCUUCCAAAUCCCUACUCAUCUCCUCACAACAGGAUAUCGACGCUCGAACGGGUUCUUCAGCUCUGCAGAGACUUUUGGUCCAGAUGGUCACCUUCAAUCUUGCUACACGUGGUUCCGUGUCUUGAUCAAGAUGGCCGCUCGAGAUGCCAGCUCAAGCUACACCUGGCACGAGAUGACUUUCUGUUCGCGGUGGACUUCGGAUCGUUGCGCUAUCUUGUGCACCGGUGCAUUCCCACUGUUCAGAGGGCUGCUACAAAACGCUCUUGCUCAACAGGGGAUGACGCUGCCGCCUUCGGAGCCCUACUCGCUGCACAUACCUCUCGUAGAGGCAGUCGUUGCUAUGCAGGACUCGUCUGUGUGGUCUGUGCGCGACAUUGUGCGCAGUGUUGAGAAGAAUCGUUCGCUUCCAGCCCGUGGAUCUCAAGGCUUUCUCAUGAUGCAUGAGGCUGCACGUCACGCCAUCCAUUCUUUUGAGACCCUCAGUGUGACAGUGGAAUCGGUGGAAGCUAUGCAGAAACAGAUUCUGUAUCUUGCCAGCAAGAGCAAGCCGGCAAGCGGAGCCGAAUCAGAAGCUUCGCUUCGUCUGUGUAAGCAUAUGGAGUUCCAAGCCAUGAUGCUCCGCAACUUGCUGCUGCGGUCGCAAUCGAACAAGGAGCGGCUGCAGAACGAGAUCGCUCUGGCAUACAACAUGAUUGCCCAGCGGGACAGCCAGGUCAUGACGCGGCUUGGGGAGGCAGCGAGGCUUGACAGUGGCGCCAUGAGGACGAUUGCAGUAGUGACGAUGGCUUUCUUACCUCCGACGUUCUUAUCAGCGAUCUUCAGCAUGAGCUUUUUCAACUACACGCCCGCUGAAGAUAGUACGGGAUGGUCAGUAUCUGGCAAGAUCUGGGUGUACUGGGCAUGUGCCGUACCGCUGACGUGUCUGACGCUGGCCAUCUGGCACUGGCGACAGCGACGAGUGGAAAGCUGAAGGGAGUACUACACUACUGGUUCUGACGGGAGAGCGGCAAUUGCAAGCUUAUGCAAGCGGGGCUAGGGUUGUGAGGUUCAGUGAUGUGGAGUUUUCGAUAGCAGCGGCAAAGUAUUUUGGUUACAUCCGCGCCUACAUCAGCAUGCUGGAGUUGCCUGCCUACCUGAA